UAAUAUAUAAACACCAGUUGCAGAGUUGAGAAACAGCCAUCUGUGCAUUUGUUGAGGACACCAAGCAGAUUCAAACUUCCAACACCUGUUUUCUUCUCUCUCUCUCUCUCUCUAACAUCUCUCUAGAUAAUUAUAUAUAUAUAUAUAAACCGAUUAAACAAUAAAAAAAUGGGAUCAAUUUUCAGUUCACCGAAGAACAAGGAAGACAUAGAUAUGGCUCUUGCUAAGGCUAAGCAGAUCGUUUCAUCCAACUCUGUCGUUGUUUUCAGUAAGACAUACUGUGGGUACUGCAAUAGGGUGAAGCAGCUGCUAUCCCAGUUACAGGCAACUUACAAAGUCAUCGAACUUGAUCAAGAAAGUGAUGGUGAUGAUAUUCAGACAGCUCUUUUAGAGUGGACGGGUCAAAGAACUGUCCCGAACGUGUUCAUCGCUGGCAAACACAUUGGCGGCUGUGACGCUGUGGUUGCUAAACAUCAACAAGGGGCGCUCGUGCCGUUGCUUGCCGAAGCUGGUGCAGUUCCAAAACUUUCGAGUAACGCGUAAAUUUAAAAUUUGUAAGGAUGAAAAAUUAAAUAAAGCGUGUUAUGCUAAGAAUGGAUCGAUACUGAAGGCUAAUGUAUAGCAUAAUUGUACUACGUGUUUUUAUCAAAUAAUACUUGUGUUACAUUUGUCGAUGUUUAAUGUGUCAUCACAUAUUUGCUAUUUUA